UGGAUGCUGUGAACGCUCUAUUUCAACGUUUGAAGACUCCUUUUUGGGAACUUGACCGUAACUUCUCCGCCGUUGACUGCGGUGUCAAGCUCAAAAAUGAAAUUAUAUGCAACUGUAGCAUUGAGAACCACACGAUUUGCAGAGUGACAGAAAUGUAA